AUGGGAUUAAAUUGUUUUAUAAGAGGUUACAACGGACGCCACCAUCAAAGAACAGAUUCAUUCAUGAACCAGCUAGUUGUUAGUCACACGCAGCCUAUUGCUGCACUAGCCAUUCCAGUGGAUGAGUUGAAUGAUUUAACCGAUAACUUUAGUUCAGAGGCAUUAAUCGGUGAAGGUUCAAACGGUAGAGUGUUUUACGGUGUUCUUAAAAGCGGUAAAGCAGCUGCCAUCAAGAAACUUGACCAUAGUCACCAGCCAGAUCAUGUAUUUCUUUCUCAGGUAUCAAUGGUUUCAAGAUUUCAACACGACAAUAUUGUUGCACUAAUGGGUUAUUGCGUUGAUGGCCCUCUUCAUGUUCUUGCUUUUGAAUAUGCUCCUAAUGGAUCUUUUCAUGAUAUUCUUCAUGGUCGAAAAGGUGUCAAAGGAGCACCACGAGGUCCUGUUUUGACGUGGCAACAAAGAGUCAAAAUCGCUGUUGGUGCAGCCAGAGGACUCGAGUACUUGCAUAAGAAGGUUAACCCUCAGGUCAUCUACCGAGACAUCAAAUCCAGCAACAUACUUGUGUUCGACGAUGAUGUUUCCAAGGUUGCUGAUUUGGAUAUGUCUGAUAAAGUCAUUGACAUGGCUGCUCACUUCUACUCAACCGGUUGUGUGAUAGUAGGAAGCUUUGGUCAUAGGGCUCCAGAAUACACACUGACAGGAACAUUGAGCACAAAGAGUGACGUGUACUGUUUUGGCAUUGUUCUGCUGGAACUCCUUACAGGUCGAAAAGAUAUUGAUUUCACCUUACCGCCUGGAGAGAUGAGUCUAGAGAGAUGGGCAAUCCCAAAAAUAAGCAAAAACAAAGUGGAGCAAUGCGUUGAUCCAAGGCUACUCGGAGAGUACCCUCCUGAAGCUGCUGGCAAGCUAGCCGCGAUGGCUGCACGCUGUGUGCGUAUUGAUCCAGAUUUUAAACCAAACAUGAGCAUCCUCGUCAAGGCACUUCAACCUCUUUUAAACCCUCCUCGUUCUGCUUCUGAGACUACAAAGAGGAGGAACCCCUAUUGA